CACGUGACUGAAGCUCGAGUGCACGUCUAUGUCUGUAUAGUCGGUGCACGACUAGCAGUACCGGUCGGUCGUCUAGAAAGCUAGUUGGCUGUCCAAUUAUUUGAACGCGCGUAGCGCGAGCCUGUUCCAAUGCUUUGCAAUCGGUUGUUCGCUACCGGCAUUCGGCGAGCAAGGAUUGUCAGCGGACCCUACAAUCAUUGACGUUCACGUCAUACUAGUGUCAGCAAUCUGUCGGACGUAUCGAUAGAGUGCACGAUGAUGAGUUUACUCGAACCACUUCUCGACAUUCCGACAGCCUACUACGGGGCGCUGCUGGGCGUCGGAUUCUGCAUCUACUACCUUUUCGAAGUCGUUAAAACGCCGAUGUUGGUAUGUGCGAAUGGACCAUUUCGAUCGUUUCUAGAAGAACAUGUGCCUUUGGUGAGAAACAAAUUUUGGCCAACUUUAUGGUGUUUCGAAUCGCGAGCACAAACCAUCAUGGCGAGUUUUCUUAGAUCGCGAAUCUUGCCACCUAUUCACUAUCGCAGAGAGAUCCUGACCUUGUCGGAUGGUGGUGAAGUAGCCCUGGAUUGGGCGGAAGAGGGAUGUUCUACAACUUCGCCCAUCGUGAUCAUUUUACCAGGACUUACCGGUGCAAGUCAAGCGGAAUAUAUCAAGUGCCUUAUCUCGUCCACGAAAAAGGUUGGAAUACGAUGCGUGAUCUUCAACAACAGAGGGCUAGGAGGCGUAGAACUGAAGACUCCUCGAAUGUACUGCGCUGCAAAUAGUGACGAUUUAUCAGAAGUUAUUGAAUAUGUAAAAACAAUUUAUCCCAAUGUACCUCUUGGAGCAACAGGAAUCUCUAUGGGAGGAUUAAUUUUAGGUAAUUAUUUAGCACAGCAAAGAGUAAUGGCAAAGGCUAAACUCAAAGGCUGUUUCCUAAUUUCUGUACCGUGGAACGUGUUUGCCGCAACGAAAAACACUGAAGAAAAUUAUUUUAAUUUGAUGAUAAAUAAAUAUCUGGCUGGUUCACUCCGUAAGAACAUACAACGCUUGCACUAUUCUUCGGAAACCGGAAUGUUUGACGUUGACAUUGAUACUCUCCUUAAAAGUCAAACUGUGCGAGAAUUUGAUUCACAUUUUACGGUGAAACAAUUCGGAUAUAAAGACGUCGAAGAAUACUAUUCCAAUGCAACCAUACAUGACAAAUUACACUUGAUUGAUGUACCAUUAUUGUGUCUCAGCGCUGCAGACGAUCCAUUUCAACCAGUUCAAGCCAUACCAUUAAAGGAAAUAUCACAAACUAAAAAAGUAGCUGUUGUUGUAACAUCUCGUGGUGGCCACAUUGGUUUCCUUGAGGGGAUGUGGCCAGUAAAAGAAGAACAAUACAUGGGUAAACUAUUUUCACAAUUUUUCACCGCUCUAUUCACUACUGGUUUUGAUCAUCAAACGUUGUGACGAACUUAUAAAUUAAGUAUCAAAUACAUUCACAAAUAUCAAUACCAAAUAUUUCGUCUACGUUUGGGCAUUGCGUAAAAAUUAUCACGUGCCAUAAUUAAUCGUAUUCAGGGUAUUGCACAUGUGAUGUUAAUAGUAUUAAGAAUUAUUGAAUUUUCACCGCUUUUAUAUUCAAAAAAUUAUCAUCGAUGACCUACAAAAUAUUAGUUACUAAUAUAAUAUAGAUAUAAUUUUUUAC